ACUUCUCAAUAGGAUCGACAGAUUGUAUGACGAGUACUAGGCACUCUUUUAGAGCCACCAUGAUAUCGGAACCCUCAUAUAUGCCAGGAAACGCCAGUGCAGUAACCAGCCCUGGGCCAGUGACCGUGCUCCCUGAUGUGGUCACCUCGAACUGCAACGGGUCCUUCGAGGACAGCAGAGUGUUCCUGGUGGUGGUGUACAGCGCGGUGUUCGUGCUGGGGCUGCCAGCCAACUGCCUGACGGCCUGGCUCACGCUGCUGCAGGUGCUCCAGGGCAACGUGCUGGCCGUCUACCUGUUCUGCCUGGCGCUCUGCGAGCUGCUCUACAUCAGCACCCUGCCCCUCUGGGCCAUUUACAUCCAGAACCAGCACUACUGGACUCUGGGCAUCUGGGCCUGCAGGGUGACGGGCUACAUCUUUUUCUGCAAUCUGUACGUGAGCAUUCUCUUCUUGUGCUGCAUUUCCUGCGACCGCUUCAUGGCGGUGGUGUACGCCCUGGAGAGCCGCGGCCGCCGCCACCAGCGGACCGCCGCCCUCAUCUCCGCGUCCGUCUUUAUUGUCGUCGGGCUCGCUCACUGCCCGGUGUUUAAAAUGGACGAGAAGAGGACAUGCUUCGAGGCAUCGAUGGACACCAAGAUUGCUGGGUACUACUACUUGCGCUUCACCGUGGGGUUCGCCCUCCCCCUGCUCAUCAUCGUGUUCACCAACCAGCGCAUCUUCAGGAGCAUCAAGCUGAGCACGGGUCUGAGCGACGCCCAGAAGGCCAAGGUGAAGCGCUCGGCCAUAGUGGUUGUGACCAUCUUCCUGGUCUGCUUUGCCCCCUACCACCUGGUGCUCCUCACUAAAGCCGUGGCCUAUUCCUACUACAAGGGAGACCCGGGCGUCAUGCAUGCCUUUGAAGCCAGCCUGUGCAAGCUCUCUGCGGUGUUCCUGUGCCUGUCCACGGUGAACAGCGUGGCCGACCCCAUCAUCUAUGUGCUGGCCAGGGACCAUUCACGGCAAGAGGUGUCCAGAAUCCACAAGGAAUGGAAAAAGUACUCUGCAAAAGCAGAAGUCACCAAGCUCACGUGUUUGAAGGACUCAGAGGAGGUGCCACUGCCCACGUCGCUCACAAACGACUCCACAUUCCCCAGGACUGUCCACCCAUCAGAGUCAGAGCCGGCCCUGCGGGGCUCACUGGACACUCUGGAGAGGCUGAAUGAAUAGUCGCGCUGAGCCCAGUGUCCUGCAGGGCAGGAUGGCCAUCAUGGGAGCCCAGGGGCCAGGGCUGUGGCUUCCCCAUCCACUGAGAGCUUGCUAGCCACAGUUCAUGGCGCUGGCUGUGAAGCCCCCUCUGGAAAGCACGCCGCCGAUCUCUCAUUCCUGGAGCCAUGCCCUCUGUAACCCCCUGCCCCUCAGGGUCCCAGCACCCCUGGGCGGUCCCACUGGGCCCCGCACAGAAGGUGGCAGCAUGCCCAGGGGAAGGGCGAUGCUCCAGGCUGCGGGGUGCCCUGGCAGCACAUGGCAGGCAGGAUGGUCUCUUCCUCUGCACUCGAGUUGGUUGGUUCACCCGGCUAUUAGUGAACAGCAGGGCCUCGGCAGAGGCCUCGUGCCCACCUAGUGCUGCCAGCAGCUGGCCCAGGCCACGCACGGAGUAGGUGCCCGGUCAGUAUCCACCGUGAUGACUGUAUCUUCCGCGCUUCUCUACAAAGCAUUGCUUGGAUGACCAUGAUCGUACAACCCGGGACCUUUGUGUCGUGCCCGUGCAAACUGGGAGCUUCACACAGUGCCCGGUCACGGCGGGACAGCUGAGGCCUGAGCGGUGGGGGUAGCAGCCCAGCCCCGAGGGCCCUGGGCUGCUCCGUGCUGAGCGGGUCUGAGGCCACAGGCUGCUGUGGACCCUACAGCGGAGCUUCCAGCAGGGCGGCCGGCAUAUAUUCUGGAGGGUGCCCAAGCCGGGAAUGCUGGCGGACACCCCAGGAAGGGUGACACGGCCACCAAAGAGCCUCGGAGAAUAGUUGGAAUUCCUGUGCAUCGAGGCUUCCUGGCUUCACUGUCAGGGGGGAAGCUGCUGAGGGCUCAGAACAGGGGGGUCAGGAGUGAGCAGGUGACGCCCAGGCCUCCAUCCCCACAGCAAGGUGUGGAUGGAGUUCGGGUAGAGCACGCCACCAUGAAGCCUGGAGUCGGGGCCUGGCUCUGCACCAGCCAGCAUCGUCACACCCAGGUCACGGCGCAGCCUUGGUUUCCUGCCUGUAACAGGGUCAAUAACACCCACCUCCCGGGUCAGUGUGGGGGGCUGACCCACUAUCUCUGCUCAGGCACUCUGAAAUAGGAGCCCAGCAGGCUGCAUGCCCCGCAGAGGGGCCCGGGCACCCCCAGGCGCCUGCCCUUCACAGGAGCUGUGCCGGGCCAUGGUGCCAAGUUACGUUCUCGUGUCUGGAAGGCAGCAGGCAGUCCACUGUCCUUCCUUGCAGUGAGAGACAUUGAAAAGACACAAUUAGAAAAUAAGUCUGGAAAUAAAGUUGCAAAAAUGCA